UACAGUCGUGGUAUAGGAUUAGGCAUUUUAUUUCAUGUUAAUGUAUUGGGAGUACUUAUUAUUCAGUAUAUUUAUACUUUGAAGUGAAGUUUAUGUUGACUACAAAAUAAGCGUCGGUCCAUUCAAUUCUUUGUCGAUUGGGGAAUUGAUGGCCGACAUUUUGUUGUUUAUAAUCGAUUACUAAGGAAACAACUUCAUAAUGGCGAAAGGAGGAAAGAAAAAGGGACAAAAAAAGGAGGAAGCACAAGAAUCAACAUCAAGUGCUGCGCCUCAAACUGACGAACCAACUCCGUCAGGAUCUGAAGCUCAAGUUUCAGAGCCGCCUAGCACAGCGGAGAAAAUAACAACAGAAGCGCCCAAAGAUUCUGCGGAACCAAUAGAGGAAGGAGUAGAAGGACUUGGUUUAGAUCUUGGGGGCAAGAGGCGGAAGCCUCGUAAAAAGAAGAGUGCUGGUCAAACUCAAGCUGGUCCAGCUGAAACUGCCUCAGCCCAAACUACACCUUCUGAAAUAAAAGCUACUGGAUUGGGGCAACCUAUUGCUGAAAUUACAGAAGAAAUGCCUCAACCUGGUCCAUCAGGAGAAGGAAGAGGGCGAGGUCGCGGUCAGGGAUGGCCCCAACAGCAGGCUGGCAAUUUUCCUCCACAGAGGGGUUUGGGUCACCCGGGUAUUUUUGGACCAACAACAAGUUCUGGGAGAGGCCAGGGAAGUCAAGAUGGGCAAUUUGCUCAAUGGGGUAGACCCCAGCCCACGUCCAGUGGACCAUCAACACCGAUGAGCCCUUCGGAAGGGCAAGCUUUCCGUGGACCAGGCCAGGCUCCACAGCCCAAGUAUACCCCAGUUUCUACAGUGUCACAAUCCACUUUUGGAAAAAGAGACCUGCCUGAGCAACGAGCUGUAACACAAGUUGUGUCGCAGUAUAAGAUUCCAGACGCUAUAAGGCGGGCGACGGUGCCCUCGAGGGCUAUUAGAUUACUGACAAAUUAUUUGCCUAUGUCCAUCAAGUACAUCAAAGUCCAUCGUUAUGAUGUUUCUUUUAAACCGGAUAGACCAAAAAAGAUGAUACCGGAAGCAUUCCUAAAAGCCAAGUCUUUGCAAUUUAAAAAUCAUAUAAUUGCUUUCGAUCAAAUGAAAAAUUGCUACAGCAUUCAACCAUUGACUGGCGUUACUCAAACAGAACGACAUGCUAUUGAGGUGGAAUUGAUUGAUUCCAAUGGUAAAACAGUACCAAUUGAGGUGUCUUUCAAGUAUACUGGAUUGGUUGAUUUAAAUCGCUUGGGACAGCACAUGACGACUGGGGGUAGUUCACUGAAUCCCCCAACCGAAGCUAUCCAAUGCAUUGACGUGAUAUUGAGACAAGGGACCCUUGAGGCGUAUGUUAAGGCUGGGAAGCAAUUUUUCAGACGUCCAGGCAAUCCUAUUGAUCUCGGUUUUGGUUUGGAGAUGUGGACGGGACUGUUUCAAUCUGCCAUCUUUACAUCCAAGGCGUAUAUUAACAUUGAUGUUGCUCACAAAGGCUUCCCGAAACACCAAUCUAUGAUACAAGCAUUCACCAACGAUUUCCGUUUGGACCCAACUAGGUCUUUGGAGCAGCAACGCAAUCCUAGAAAUGUGGAAUUGUUUCAUGAAUAUAUCAGGGGCUUACGAGUGACGGCAGUAAUCGGUGCCGAUACUUCAGUAAAGGGUCAGAGGCGCGAGUUCAUUUGUAACCGCGUCGUAGAUCCACCGGGCAGACUGCAGUUCAAUAUGACACAUCCUGACGGACGAGCCGAGAAACUCUCCGUUCUCGAAUAUUUCCGCAGGGAUAAGAAAUAUAGACUAAAGUAUCCUGACCUCAACUGCGUGUGGGUCGGACCGGCAAAUAAAAGUUUAUAUUUCCCCAUGGAAUUAUUGGAAAUUGUAUAUGGACAGCCAAUGAAGAAACAACUCAAUGAAUUUCAAUUGUCAAAAAUGGUCCAAGAAGCAGCAACAGCUCCUAAUAUUCGUAAGAAUAAAAUUGAGGAGGUUAUCAAAAAUAUGAACUACAGUGCCAAUCCAUUCUUCAAACACUUCGGUCUUCAGAUCUCUGAUAAAUUUUUGGAGGUAGAAGCCAAAGUACUGCAACCUCCGAGAUUAUUGGUCGGAGACAGAAAAGCAGUUGAUCCGAGGAGGGGCGUGUGGAAUGCCACAACAGUGUUGCAACCGAGCGCUCUGAGGUCCUGGGGAUUUGUAGCCAUCGAAUGUAAUCCCACUCAGUGCAACUAUCAAAAUAUUAUUCAAAUGGUACUUCGUGUUGGAAAUCAGAUGGGAAUGUACGUGGAGCAGCCGAAAUGCAUUCACUUCAAUAUCAGAAUGUCUGACCUUGCGAAUGUUCUCUUCAGCGCAUUGGAGAAAGAUAUCAACUUUCUGUUCGUUAUUGUCUCCAAGUCCGGCCGCGAUUACUAUCAUAGGGUGAAACGCUUUGCGGAACUGGAGGUGGGUAUUCUGACUCAAUGUAUCAAGGAGGACACCGCGGCACGUCGCAUGAACGAUCAAACUGUCCGAAACAUUCUAUUGAAGGUUAAUUCUAAAUUGAUGGGCAUUAACCAAGCACUGGACGGUCGCUGCAUGCCGUCAUGUCUCAGAGGCCCUGUGAUGGUGGUUGGUGCUGACGUCACUCACCCCUCACCUGACCAGUCGAACAUUCCCAGUAUCGCAGCGGUGACUGCCUCCAUCGAUCCGAAAUGCUUCCUCUACAAUAUUGAACUUUGUGUGCAGACACCUAAGAAAGAAAUAAUCGUGGAGUUUGAAGAUAUGAUGGUGGACCAUUUGAUCGUGUAUCGCAAACAUAACCAGAAUAUGUUGCCCAAGAAGAUAUAUGUAUUCCGUGAUGGUGUCUCAGAGGGACAAUUUGAAGAGGUGAUGAACAGUGAGCUGACCGCCGUGUACCGAGCAUAUCGCAGAAUGACCGGCCAUUCGGAGAAACCUGAAGUUUUGUUCCUUUUGGUACAAAAGCGACAUCACACUAGAUUCUUCUCGGGAGCUCAGAAUCCUCAAAACGUUGAGCCUGGUACAGUGGUCGACACACAGAUUGUGCAUGCCAAAGAACUUGACUUUUAUUUGGUUUCCCAUCAGGCUAUCAAGGGCACGGCGCGUCCCACCCGCUACCACGCGGUGUGCAAUGACGGUGGCAUCCCGAUAGACGAGGUGGAGCAGCUGACCUACUACCUGUGUCAUCUGUACGCGCGCUGCAUGCGGGCAGUCUCAUACCCCACGCCAACCUACUACGCACAUCUCGCCUGUCUGCGUGCCAAGUCGCUCACACACGGCGAUAAAUUUGACAAUGAGGCAUUGGAAAGGCAUCCCAAGCGACUUCACGUCCUUAAGAAGAUGCUCGAUUUCAGCAGAAUGUUCUUCGUCUAAUCUUAGAUAACGCGACUAUUUCUUCUAUGUAUAAAAGUUUGAAAAAAAAAACAAAAAAAUCAAUUUAUAUUUAUACAAUAAAGAUCUCUAGCGGGAAUCUAAUUAUUAGCCGAUUUUCGGUUUACUAAUGAAAAUGAAUUGGCUUAAGCUAAAGUUUAAAAGCAGUCCACAGACGCGAAACCGGAGCGGAACGAAAAUGAAGCGAAAACGAAAAUCUUACUUCAAAUUAUUCAACAGAUUCUAUAACGCAUAUUGUGUUUAUGCGAAGUUUCCUGGAACGAGUUAAAUCCAGUAUAAAACUUCGCUUCGCAUCGGCUUCGCUUUCGCGACUGUGUCAAGUGAAAAGACGAAUUGAUUUUUUUUAACAUUUUAAAACUAUUGACAUAAUAAUCAUUUAUUAUACAAUCGUGUUUUGAUCUCAAAUCAAUUUUUUUUUGUAUUUUUUUUAUAAUCAAAUCUUUUUCAUUAAACACUGAUGAGAUGUUAUUGUGUUAUGCCAAUAAACAUUCCUCAGAAAACGUUAGGGAUUUGGCUGUUUUUUUUAAUUCAAUUGUGUGUUUUAGCUUUUAAAUAAAAAGUUUUUAUUUGGUAGUGUGUAAAUAAUGAUUUGCUUAAUCUAAGUUCGAUGUUUUUAAAGAUUAUGUAGUACACAACGUUAUGCCUGAAGUUUACCUUAUUUCUUGACGAAUUACUAUUUGUUUUUUUUAUUUAUUUUAAGAUAUUACAAAUUUUAUCUCAAUGCAUUAUAUUCUUGAGAAUUUUCUUAUUCGGCGAAAUGUGAAAAUCUAUACGAAUAAAAAUAUUUUUUUCUGUAUGUUCAUCUUCUAUUUAAUAUUUAUUUAGCCCGGAUCUAUAUUGUAUAGGAUUAGAUUGGAAAUAUAUUUCUUAUUAUUCUUUUAAACCCAUAUCUUUCUAAGAAAAAACAAGUUUAACACUGCUGAAUUUCUUUACAGUAAAACUUUUUUGUAUCAUAAUUGUGGUCGAAUGUUAUGACCACAAUAAUUUUCUAAUAUAUUAAGUGAAUUUUCUAACAGCACAUUAUCUGAAAUAUAGCAGCUAUCAUGAAUUUUAAUCUUUAUUUGUCUUAUUUUUUUAUCUUUUUUUAUCUUUAUUUUAGCUUUUGUAAAUUUAUUUUGCAAUUAUCGACGCAAAAAAGCUUUGUAAUUCUUAGUGAACUUUGAUUUUUUAAAUGUGUUGUGUGUUUUUUUAAGUUCAAGAUUAAGUCGGUCAAAUGUACUACUGACUUUAAUGUAGCAAAGGCAGGAAUAAAUCUAUGCGAAUUGCAGAUUUAGUCACUUGCAUUUAUAAUUAUGUUUAUCAUUGGUUUUAGAUCAGUGUUUUUUAUAUUUAAAAAGUCAUCGUUUCCAAACUAUUACUUA